GUUAAAAUGAUUUUGACAUCACUAUGCUGUGCUCAAGCACAUCUCUAUUAAACGAAAUAUGACUACUAAAAACAAUCAACAAUUGAGAGAACAACUAAUAGCGGCGGUAGUUAAGAAACGUGCUGCCCUCGCCAGAGCUCAUCAAAUAGUGGUCGCCCUUUUGGAGCCAUACAUAGAGGAGCAAGCAUUUCUUGCAAUGCUUGCUGAAAUCGAACCGCAUAACUAUGCCGACAUUGUUGAUGAACGGCAUAUUAACAAGCUCUGUGGCUAUCCACUUUGUGCUGUUGCCGUGGAAAAGGUGCCCACAAAACAGUAUCAAAUUUGCGGCGUAAAGAAUAAAGUGUAUGAUCUAACUGAACGUAAGAAGUUUUGCUCCGGCUGUUGUUUCAAGGCAUCUGAAUAUAUCAAAUCUCAGGUUCCUACAUCUCCAUUGUGGCUGCGCGACAGAGAGAAAAAGCCGAAUUUUAAAUUACUGACGAAUGUGAAAGCAUAAUUAGAAAAUGAUAUAUGUACACUGUGAUUUCUUUUUCAAUGCUAUUAUUUGUAAAUGUAUUUAUUACACACACUAACAAAUCUA